AUGGGCGGCAUCACCUGCGUGUUCAAGUCUUGGGAGCCGUGGAGCGCCUGCUCGCAAGCCUGUGAAGGAGGUGUAGAACAGCGAACGCGGGGAGUCACGGAAGGCGGCGCCAGUUCUCACGGAGGAGGCUGUGACGGCGCUCUGGUGACCGUGAGAUCCUGCAACACGCACCGCUGCGGGCAGAGCUGCCUCCCGGUGAACUGCAAGUGGGGCAAGUGGAGCGAGUGGAGUGCUUGCUCCAAGUGUGCUGGGCAGAAGACUAGACACCGAAGGGUGGUGAGGGUUUCGGAGUGCGGCGGUCGUCGCUGCAAGGAAGGUGACAUGGAGGAGAUCGCCAAAUGCCCCCGCAAUUGCAAAGGGGAGCCAAUUUGCAUGUGGUCCGACUGGAGCCCUUUCAGCAAGUGCUCCGUUAGCUGCGGUCUUGGGCGCAAGAAGCGCUCUCGGCGCCUACAAACUGUUCAUACUACGCCAGAGCUAGAAGCGGCGUACGAGUCACUGGAGCGGUUAGAUGGCCAUGUGCAGAAUCUGGAGAGCAAGCGGCUAAAGAUACGCUUCCUCGCUUUCCUGGCCGGCCCUUCCACCAUGCUGCUGGCAUUCGCCGGGAUUAGGCUUUGGUCGCGAUUCGCGCGGGAAGACUCUGCUGAUCGCGCCAGCGUCCUGGAGAUGUCAGCGAGCCUUGUAGAGCACCCCGAGGAGCAAGGAGACGGGGCAUAA